AUGUUGGAUGAUUCGGAUUCCUGGGAUUUCUGUAAACUUGAGGAGGUUCUUAAUGCUAAUGAUAGGUGGAAAAUCACGGCGCAAAUGCGAGCUAAUCAUGCAGUCCAGGACAAGCCCUUUUGGCCGUUGGGAAAAUUUAACAAGUACUCGGUAAGAUCGGGUUAUAAACUGGCUGUUGAUCUUAAGAACAGAUAUGAAGCUUCUUCGUCGAUUUCAAAUGACGGGCUUUGGAAUUGGAUUUGGAAUCUGGAGGUUAUCCCAAAGGUGAAGAUGUUCAUGUGGCGUUGUGCGGCAAAUGCUCUUCCUGUGGUGACUGCUUUGCGGAGUCGUUCGAUUGUCAUUGAUCCGGUGUGUGGCAAAUGUGGUGAGAAAGAUGAAACAAUGGAGCAUGUUCUCCGGGACUGUAAAUGGGCGGAGUUUUUUUGGGCGGUCUCUCCUCUGCGCUUACAGCCUUUGUCCAUUGGGGAGGCCUGUUCUAUUGUGGAUUGGUUUGGUAAAAUUCGAAGCUGCCCGGAUAAAGAUGUGCAUGCCCUGUUUGCGACCUCAGCUUGGGCCAUAUGGUUUGCUCGGAAUCUCUCCCGGUUCCAAAACAAAGAAAUGAGUCAUAUGGAGUGCUUGGCUACGGCACAGCGAGCAAUCUGGUCCCCGCUCAUCUGCGCGAAUCCAACCAGCCAAAAAUCCCUACGGAAGGAGUGCAGGAACGAUCAGGUCAAGCUCUGCAGCGGUGCAACCCUUAAUGCAGAUCGUGGUCUGGGUUUAGGGAUGGUUUUGAAGGAUGCACAGGGUUCGGUUCUUGGGUGCAGAUUUGGUUUUCAACCGGGAGUCUUCACUGCUGUGGAAGGGGAGGCGAUGGCUAUGUUGGAGGGGAUUGUUUUAUGUCGCGAGAUGGAGGUCCAGGAUAUCAUUUUUGAGACAGAUUGCCAAGAGCUCUACUGGUUGUUGGUUAAACGAGAAACUGAUCUCUCUUACCUUGGUGUUACGGUGGAGAAGAUUUACAGAGAGGUGGUCUCAUUUCGCCAUAUUGCCUUCAGUUGGACUGCACGCGAAGGAAAUUCGAUUGCGGAUGGCUUAGCUCGCUUUGCUUUACAAAAUUUCAGUCCUUUGUCUUCUUCGAGGGUUCUCCCUUCUUUUGUGAACUCUGGUGUUCAUGAUUAA